GGGGGGGGGGGGGUGAAAUGAAGUGUGUUGAAUCGAGAGUGGUGUUCGUGUGCGCUAUAUGCUAGUGCGUCGUGGUUUUUGGAUGAUUGAUAACUUGAAGCAAGUUGGAGGGGAUGGAGUAUUUCGAUGAUACUGUGAAAUGAGACUGCAACAUCGGAAAAGAUACCAAUGAAGAAAGAAGGGCUAGAGAAGCGAUCAAGGGUAAAGCGAGUGGAUACCGAAAAAAAGUUGUUUAGCAUGACGCUAGGUGCCGCGAGAGUGAGACAGGUGUAAGUCAGGAUGAGCAGAAGCAGUGAGGGGGGUGUAUGCGGGGUUAGUACCGCUUGGAUCACCUUCACAAAUGUUUCCAGCAAGUGCCAUGGUUGAUGUUUUGGAAAAGGGGGUAAAACGAGGACUCCAGAGGGGAGUAAAACGAGGACUCCAGACGGGGAGUGUCUCGUCUGCCAACCAUAACCAAGUCCGCGUCGCCUCUCCUGCGCCUGAACCCCGCGUCGUCUCGCCCUUGCGCUCGCGCCCUCGCCCGUCCACUCCCCACUGUACGACUGCUCAUACAGAGCAGAAAGGGGCGCAUCGCUAGCCGCCGCCAACACGAAGCGGCUAUUGCAGCUAUCAUUCAGGUGGAGGCCGAGGAGGAGGAGGAGGCAGAGAGAAGGGAGAGGAUGGAGAGGGAGUAGAGAGGAUGGAGAAAUAGAGUGGCGGCGUCCCUCUACACGUGUAAUUAUAGUAAAUGUAUGGCUAAUCGAUGUCUCAAUGGAGAACAUUUGAAUUAAUUCAACCAUCUAUCUGUGC